AUGGCAUCUGAUGCGAGGGCCAGGGCAAACGUGCCCCGCAGAGUAGGCAAGCAGACUACGAAUGGCAUGGACUCCUAUCAUCGUUAUGUAGCAGAAUCAAAUACGCCGCCGCCGCCGCUGCCGCAAGGGGACAUCGUCGCCCGGCCGUACACCAGUCACUCCCGUUCCUUUAGCACGCCGCGUCCCUCAAUAAUAGAACCGUCUUCGUCAGGUAGCAGCAGCGAUGCCGAUAGACCAAGACCGCUACCGGUGCCCGAAAUUACCAUCAGUAGCCCAGGAAAACCGCCGAGGGCCAACCCUCGAUACUCAUUGACGCCUCGCCAGGCAACUUUUCCUCCGAUAAAUGCUCAAAGGCUAGCGGUGCCAGGAGUGAGGCCGCCUCCGCCCGCGCAACAAAUACCACCGGCCCCACGAAUACAACGAGUUCAACCACCACGUCCAAUCGCCUCGACACCACCAACCACGGCCGAUUCUGAUGACCUACGAAAACGAAAUGGGUUAGUCGACGUCGCUCUUCCGUACCGACCGUUUUAUCUCCAAAGGAGGGUCCUCAGCUCGUUUGCGGUCCUCUUCGCCGGACUCAUGGUAACCGUAGAAGCCGUGUUGGACCUAUCAAACAAAAGAGGAGGACUCGGUUCGCCAGAGCAUGGGUUCAGAUAUCUAUGGCAGUACGGUUCGGCCUUCAUCUUCACCUGUAUCGCCGCAUUAUGGGCGAGACCCGAACACCAGGCAAAAGCCAGCGCGCCGUGGCUUCGGAUGGCAAAGGGACCUGCGAGUGUGGACAGGACCCUGAUGCUCGACUACGUCUUCAUAUUCGAGCCAUGGACCAUUGCGAAAGCAACAAAGAAUCGGGACUGGCUCGUUGCGGCCACGGCGUCUGUCGGCCUGACGCUCAAAAUCAUCAUCGUCAUCGCUGUGGCGCUCGUCAGCCCAACGUUCCAGAUUGUGACUGCUCGAGGUGUGAGUUUGAACCUACACAACACGUUUGUGAACGAUCCCACUGGGCUACGGAAUGCUGGUGCCCUGCCUUUCUUCACAAUGACAGCUCUCCAGACGAAAGGCCUCAACUUCCCAGACGGCACUUCCAAAGAAUUCGCUUUCCAGUCAUUUUCUGCGGACUUGCCCGCGACAGCUGAGCUGAGGACCAAUGUCGACGGCUUCCAAUCCGAAAUCGAGUGUGAGCCGGCACAGUUCACCUUGAACGGUGUCCAGUUCAUCCAAGCUUCGGACGUUCAGCUCAACGCCACUGUCUCGACUCCGAAUUGCACCUUGACGCAAACCAUUCCGAAUAUGGCGCUGAUUGGCUUCACACUUCCUACCUUCUUCAUGGCAUUUCAGGCUGGGACGUGCGGGAACUCGCCCUUCCCAGACGAUGGGAGGGUGGUCGUCAUGACGGGAGCCAUCCAGAUUAACGAAUCCAGUGUACCGACGGAGAGCGACAUUUUCAAUGUGCCCAUUUCGGGUGCUGUUUCAAGGUCUGCAGCACUGAUAUGCCGUCCAUCGUACUUCCUCACCAGGGUUCAUGUCACAAAGAACAACACGCAACUCAUCAAGAUCGAACGGAACCGCUCUGCAACGAACAAGACCCUCGAGCUGGUUCAUCCGUGGGACAUUGUACAAGGACACUUCAACUCCUAUCCCACCGAUUCGCAGAUCCUCGCAGCGAUACCAAAUAUCAAUAGUCGGUACCCCGGCAUCGCCAUUGUUGCUUCCGACGCCGUCAUGAACUCGGCUGUCGCUAUGCAGAUCAAGGACUACGGGCUUCCUCCGAUCGAGACGUUCCUGAAGACGGACAACCUGACCCAGAUCUCGACAGCGUACUGGAAGCAGUAUACUGCUCUCGUCGCACGGAGCUCACUGAUGGGCGAGACGCAAGAGAAAUCUACCGGUACGGCCAUCAUCAUUGGAGAGCGGCUCAAUGUUCGCCAAAUACCAGCGCACCUCCUUUCUGGCCUGCUGGGCUUCGUUCUAAUAUUAGUGUUGGCUGCAAUUGCCCUCGCGCCAGCAAAAGGCUUUCUGCCCCGCGACCCAAAUACCAUUAUCAACAUGGCCACCCUCCUCGCUCACAGUCGCCAGCUUCUUCAGUGUCUACGCGGCACCGGUGCUGCCGACACAUCAGUCGUACGAGAGAAGCUGCUCGGCACGAACUACUACACCGGCGUCGAACCCUACGAGAAGGCCGAAAAGGAGGCGAGAGGAUACUUCAAGAUCUUUGGUGGCGCCCCGCCCCCUCAGAACCAGCCGGUCGAGUUUGUACGAAAUGCCGAUUGGAAGCAUCCGCUGCCGCUAAAUCCAUGGGCAAGGUUCGCCGCCGUGGUGACUAUGAUUGGCAUGAUCGUUGCCCUUGAAGUUGUGCUUCGUAUUUCCAACGCACACGCCGGCAUCGCGACGAUCAAGGCAAACACCGACAAGCAUUUUCUAUGGACAACAGGGACCGGCGUCAUUUUCGGUCUGGUGGUGCUGUACCUCGCCGCCGCGGACUGUGCGACCCGAUGUCUUGCGCCGUACGCAAAGCUUAAAGAAGGGGGAUCCUUCGAGACGACGGUUCACUUGGACUUCAUGGACAAGUCCAAGCAUAGAAUCCUGUUCGAUGCCGUCAAGACGCAAAAUAUCGCUGUCGUGUUCACCACCACCGCUCUAAUCGUUGCGUCGCUCCUAGCGACAUUCUCUGGGGCUCUAUACAGUACGACACCAAUCCCGUCUACGCGGCCCGUCAACCUUCAGACCCUCGACAGCUUCAUUAAUGCGUCCUCACCUUGUCCGACCUGUACCACUGAUACUCUUCUUGCCUCCCUGAUCCUCGACGCGAACCUGACCUUCCCAUCAUUCACCUUUGAGGACCUCAACUUCAACAGUCUGCAGCUAUCGGAGCCCCUCGAUAUGCAGGACGGCGCCGGGACCAUUAUCGCAACGGUGCCUGCCCUUCGCUCACGGCUCGAUUGCAGACUCUACCCGCAAUCCGAGAUCAACACAAACUUUACUGUCCCUGACUUGCCGAAUCAGUUUUCACAGGACAUGAAGGUCAACAUCGCCGGUGAGCCGUGCCUCGAUCCAUCAAUCCGGUCCAACGCCGUCUUACCGCCGGGCGUCUCCCCCUCUUCCGUCUUCGGCGUCGCUACACCACGGUCUGCUGCUUCGUCGCAGUGCUCCGAUUUCACCUAUGUCUGGGGUCAGCUUUCCGACAGCACCCCCAUGCAGGUGGGCUACAUCUCAGCCAUGGGCUGCAACGAGACGCUCGAGACUGUAACGGCCAAGAUCCGUCUCACGGGCGCCUCACUACACGUGGACACAACCUACCCGCCCAUCGUACAGGAAAACACCGCCAAGCCGAUCAAGUUAAGACUGCUCCCGUUGCAGUACGGACUCCUCGCCAACCUCACCACGGGCAACCAGCUCGAUCCGUUCUUCAGUUCACUCGUCACAUCGCGAUUCGCGGUGCCCGCGGGGAACCUAGGCGAUCCGGGCCUGGGCAAGAGCGGUCUCGUAGCGGAUGCCAUCGUCCGGCAGCACGGCAUCUUGCGCGCCCAGAACCUCAACGUCAACUCCCGUCGUCGCCUCCCGGACGUGACGGCGCAGCAGGUCAUCCCCGCCAUGCUCGAGUCGACGUCCGUCACCUCUCUGCGCCGUCUGGUGCAGGACACCGCUUCGACACGCAUCAUCCAGUCCGUGCUCGGUCUCCUUGUUGCCUUAACGCUCGUUGCGUGGCUUCUCACGCCCGGGACGGAUACCAUCCUCCCGCGGAACCCGUGCAGUAUCGCUUCCGUGGCAGCGCUGCUGGCCGACGGCAAUGUAUUUGGGUUCUUGGGCCGUGGGGCGGAGUGGCAGGCGACGGAAGAGAUGAAGCGCAGCUUCUUGGACGGGAGCCACUCGAUGGGAUUCAAGAUUGGGUAUGAGCGGGUGAGGAAGCGCAGGGGCGCGGAAGACGUCAAUGGGGUGAGGGGAGACGGGGAUAUGGCGUACGGCAUCAACGUCAAGCGUGGGGGCGGGUGGGGUGGAGGUGAGGAUGUUGGGCUUGGGAUCUUGGCGAGGGUGAAUGGGGCGCAGAGGGGGUUUGUUAGGGGAUGGGGAAAGAUGUGA